AUGCAUUUCCACCCAUCGCUUGCAAUAUUGGUUGCCGUAACAUCAUCGUUCGCGAAUUUGGUGGUCAGCACAGCACCAAAGAUUAUCACACCUUGCCCGAAUGAUACACGUUCGACGCCUACGCCCGUGACCAUAACCUCACAAUACCAACCAGUGCCGACCUGUAUUCCUAAGAUCGCUUGUAUCAAGGGAAAGUGUUGGACGCAAUACAUCCAUACAAGCUACCUAUACGUUUCGACCGUCGUUCCUCAUGCCUGGAAUGGGACUACAAGUCUCUACACUACUAUUACCGACGUCGAACAGCCAUAUAGAGCCUCUGAACAUUAUGAGGUUCUGAAAACCGUCACUGUCGCACCGGCGUUGCAGCCAAAGGUUUCCAAAGGUCCACUAGAGAUUGGUGGAGAACGAUUGAGAUCUAUAACUAGAUAUGAAACCAUUACGCGACGCGCCAUCGCGCCUUACAAUGCAGUUGGCUCUCUAGCUAUGCCUGGCUGGGGUGGUAGCGGUUUAUGUAAAGCUUGUGGGAACAGUACUGAAGGACGUCGUUCCCAACUUCUGGAUGUGAUUGAAUGUCGAUACAGCAGCAAGUCGGGCAGGCGCCAUCAGAAGUGCUUUGGUUGGUUCGAAAAGUGGGAAGACUUCAACUUUCCAUCCUCGGCCAUUGCUACAAGUUUUAUCUGUUCAACAGAAGGUAUUGUUACAAAAUCAGGAACCUACACAUGGAAGUUCACUCAAAAACCGGACCCGAUAGCCCUAACCAUGCCUGUCCAAGACUUAACCAUUAUUGACAAUGGCGCCACACAAGUCACUGUUCCACCUCCAAAAAUAUACACUAUGCAUGCAAAACCCUGGACUACUCAUAUCAUCAAGUCUGUCACUGGUCCUACUUAUUACAGGUUUGCGACUCGCGUCACCGAGACAUUUACCUAUACCCUUCCCUUUCAAACUUUUUCUGCGUCGAGGACUCGAACCAUUCCCAUUCCACGGGGAUCUCAGGUACAUGGAAGUACCGAAUGGUGGCCGCUAUCUAUGUAUAACGAAAACAAUAGUGGAUAUUUUGAAAGCGUCAAAGCAUGGGAUGCUCGGCCUUCCCCAACUACGAGCCCAGAUGUGGAACCUACUUCGCGGACCUUCACCUCAGCUCAGUCCAAUCUAGGUGACAUAUUUUCUGGCCCAGCUUCCACCGUAACAUCCACUCUUGGAACAAGCCUAUCCUUCUCGACUUCUAUUACCAGAGUUAGCUCGGAUCUCGGUUCGAUCAUAUCGCCAAGUCCAGGCUCGUUGCAGUUCGCUCUUACCACCCAUUCUACUCUCAACAGUACAUCUUCAUCCUACGGAUUUGGGAUUGGUGAUAUGCAGGGGACAGUUAGCACAUCCGGAAUCACCGCUUUGAACUCCCUUCCAGCCUCAAACUCUCGUGCGCCUUCUACCUCUCUCUCUGCGCUGGGGGACGUAUUGUCGUCCUCAAAGAUUGAUAUUCAACCUAUUGGUGGUUCAAUAUUGACCAGCACCAGUACAUUGUCAAGCACGUCUAGUGCAUCAGCCUCGACACCUAGCACAACUUGCAACGUUGUCCUCGAUAUCUGUACCAAAUUGGUCAUCCCAGAUCCUUACAUCUCGAACAAUUAUACUGGUCCUUCAAUUUUCUGUCUAGGUGGAUGCACAGACGAUAAUAUAGCAGCCAACGCCGAGCCGUAUUUUUCAGGAAAUUCGCCGUUACAGUCAUACGGAGUCGUCUUAUCUACGUUAACCAGUUUCGGCGUAUAUACGUUCACCAAAACCAUUGACGAACUCAUUGCACUAAAUGCAACAUCCGCUUCAAACCCGCUUCUCUGUAGCUACACCGCUCGUAUUCGCAUUUCCGACCGCUCCUGCCUGCUGGCGUCGAUGGGAACAACAUCAUCGACUACGACUUCGGCGACAUCAGCGACAUCAGCGCAGUCUGCAUCGACGACUCCUAUGGUAACAGCUAUGGCUAUUACGACCACCACCACAACAACUACAGUAGUCACAAGAACAUCACAAAGUGUGCUAAGCACCACGUGUGGCCUGACUGUCGCGGUUUGUCUAGACGCAGCGAUUGCUGAUUUCGACGCCAAGAGCCUAUUUGGGAGAGCAUGUUUUGGUGUCCCUGAUAGUCAAUGUACUCUCGAUACUAUCACGGCUGCCAUAGGUCCCAUACUCGCAGACAUUCCGCAACUACAGACGUUUGCAAUGAGAAGAACUACCAGAAAAGAUGAUGUCUAUAUCUUUGACAUGAACUUCGGCCAAUUCAUAACCCGAUACUCAUCAUUUCAGUGUGCGGAUGAGAGAAAAACAGACGUCAGGGUGUGGGAUCGCUCUUGUCUUGCUCCACCGCUUUCCAACUUGACCACAACAGCACUGGGGAUGAGAGCGAGAUGUGGGAAAGUACUUGAUCUCUGCCGGGGUGCACUCUAUCAAAGUCCAUUUUCAGGAUCCAAUAGCUCAUGCUACUCUAAAGACAACCUGGCUUGCUCUGCUGAUGAUAUAGCUGAUGUCGUCCUGGCCAAGUUUGUGGCCAACCCUCUAUUACAGACGGCCUUCGUUAACGGUUGGUCAGUUAUCGGUACACUCUACCAGAGUAUCAGGGACCUUGUUGCAUACAAUGGAAGCAUUAAUUCAAACCUCAACUCUGGAUGCACGAGUACACAAAAGGUGUGGGCUUUCGAUCGCUCUUGCCUACUGUCAUCCACGGCUACAAUGUCAUCUACGGCUACAAUGCCAUCUGCUAGCACUUUGUUGACACAAAUAUCGCCCAGAACGACAAGUAGCACUUUCUUUUCCACCACAAGCUCAAUUCCUGCACCCCCAAGACCUUGCGGCAUUAUUCUGAAUCUGUGUACUGACCUGAUUAUCUCAGGUCCAUUCAACGGUCCUACUACCAGCUUCAGCGCAUAUAUCAGGGAAGAAGAAUACUUCCCCUUGUUAGAGGCCAGCGUCUUACCCUUACUCAAGCAAAAUCCACUACUACAAUCCUUUUCACAGACACAUGGUGACCUAAAUUUGGGGUUUCUGGUAUCAACAUAUACUUUAAGCAUCGCUGAUCUUGUGAGACUGAAUGCUACAGCGCCUUCACCUGAGCUCCCAUGUGCUGAGGCGAAGUUGGUUGCAGUGUCCGAACGCUCCUGCCUCGAUUUCACCCAAACCUCCAAUUCAACAUGA